CUCAUUAUGAGCCUAGCCUCACUGCUAUGCGGCCGGGUGAUACGAUUGUUUCAUUCGAUACUCGGUUUGUUCAAAAGGGCCAUGUGUUUCAUGCGAAAACGUGAGAACAUCGGUGAAUUGCCGUUUACUGUUGUUGUACGCCAUUCCGCUCCUGAGGAUCCAUAUCCGAGCGCAGUGACGUCGACAGGAUGGGAUGAACAUUGGGACGAAAAGCAAGCUGUCGAAGAUAAAAUAGAAGAGUGGAGGCGAAAAAAGACCGAAACGAAUCAGUCGUCGCCGACCGGCGAAGAUAUUGAUUUCUUCAAUGAUAUGCAGCCUGAAAUAAAGAAACCGAAGAAGGUGGUCUUGAGACCAAAAAUGCCCGGCCGCAAUUCUCAAGAAAAUAGGAAUCUUUUUGGAUACACGGACGAUUCACAUGUGGAUGUGGUAAGUACUUGA